GCUCUGAGGUUGUUGUGGCGCCGUGCCCUUCUUACAUGAUCACGCAGGUGUAAAUGUGUUCUGUGAAAUCACAUAAAUACUAAACAUUUUGUUAAUAAUUUAUUGGUUUAUUAGUCAGGCACAAUUAAAAAAACACUAGAACAGGUUCCAGUAAAAUGAUAGAGAUGUUGCAGAGAGGAUCUGCAGCCGCUGUGUCGUAACAUUUCAUCAGUACCAAGAGCACAUUAGUUAAACUGAGUACAUAAUAAAUAAUGACAUUCUGUGACAAGAGACAUAAUCAUAUAAAGAUUACAGUGUUUACACAACUAUCAUUUACACGUGUUGCCUAUGUGUAUGUUCCCUAGUUCAUGGCAGUAUAUGUGUAUGAGCUACAUUGUAUGGGUGUGUCGUAGUAUUUGCAAUCAUGUAGUCUUUAUGAGAAUGUGUCUGUACGUAUGUUUAUUUAUGUAUCUGUUGUUCUGUGUGAUAACCUAAAGGAAGUCUUAGAGGCUGAAAUCUCGAAAUCUUUAAGUUGGGUGAACUGUUCCUUUAAUUUGGGGUUUAUUCGUGGCUUCAGUUCUGAGAAGCUGCUCAUCAGGUGGCUGAUGAGGAGAUAAGAGAAGAAGAGGAAACAGAAUGUUUUAUCAGCAGAAGAAGAGAUGACAGACGAGAAGCGACAGGCGGUCUACCUGGACAUGGAUCACCUGCUGCUGGUGCUGCUGUUGCUGUGGAGCUCAGGACUCCAGGCUGAAAGAAAUCACACCUCAACAGGUGCUCGGUGUGACACCACAGCCAAGGCUGACAUCGUGCUGUUGGUGGACGGCUCCGGGAGCAUCGGCAACUUAGAAUUUGAAAUCUUCAAGUCUUUUAUCUCUAGCAUAGUCAGAAACCUCCACAUCGGCCCGGACCGAGUCCAGAUUGGUCUGGUUCAGUACAGUUUUAGACCACGGACUGAGUGGCACCUGAACACCUACCAGACCAAAUAUUCCCUGCUGGGGGCCACAAGCAGUCUGCGACAGAUUACAGGAAGCACCAAGACAGGAAAGGCUCUUAACUACACCCUGCAGAACAACUUCCAGCCCAAUGUGGGAAUGCGUGCGGACUCCCAAAAAAUUGCUGUCUUGCUGACUGACGGACAGUCCCAGGACGACACACGGCUCCCCUCGAAGAAACUGAAGGACGCCGGCAUAGAGAUCUACACUAUUGGUGACUGACUUUCAGUUUGAAUACUUCACCACAACAGAAAUAACAUGAAUUGGGCCUGUUAUUUCAUGCUUGUCACAUGUUAGCUAGCUAGUCCCUUAUAUAUUAUUAUUAUAAGAUAUGCAAAUUACUGUUGUUUAUAUCAGUUAACGUCCAUCCAUCCAUCGUCAACAGCCUAUCCUGCGUACAGGGUCGCAGGGGAACUGGAGCCAAUCCCAGCCAACAUUGGGCGAAAGGCGGGGUACAACCUGGACAGGUCGCCAAUCCAUCGCGUUAUAUAAUGUAUAUAACUGCAGUUAUACAUUAUUUACUCACGCCACACAAACAACCACUCACACUCACACCUAAGGGCAAUUUUAGAGACACCAGUUAACCUAGCCUGCAUGUCUUGGGAUGGUGGGAGGAAGCCGGAGCACCCGGAGAGAACCCACGCAGACACGGGGAGAACAUGCACACUCCACACAGAAAGGCCGGGGCAACCGGGGUUUGAACCCACGAUCUUCUUGCUGUGACCGCACCGCACAUAUCAGUUAACAUAUUUAUGAAAAUCAAGUCAAGCUUUUUUUAAAGUCUUUGCAAGUUGAUUUGAACAGUUUGAAAUGAAAUGGCAGAAGGAAGAAGUUCCUGCUAAAACAUAUGGUAUAUUUGAGCAGACAGCAGUAAUGUAAAGUACAUAUGAUUUCUAGUUAAUAGGUUUAAAAACACACAAGCAUGUCUGGUCUGUCAAAGGUUUAGUUUGGGCAAACCACAAUUUAUUACUUUGCUAAUCAUAUAGUUUUGUUUGUUUUGAGUCUCGUUUUUUCUGCUCUGUAUUAACACCACAUAUUUCUCUCAGGGGUGAGGGGUGCCAAAAAGAGUGAGCUGAAAUCCAUCGCCUCCAAGCCCAUUAAAAUUCACACGUACAGUGUCGCAGACUUCUCGUUUCUCCCAGCCAUCGUUGACAACCUCAACAUCAA